AAUAUCUGUCAGUGUCCACAAAGCAUUUUUAUAGGUUAUGUUUAUGGUAAAUGUUUGUUGUAAAAGCUAAAAACAAAUAUUAAAAUGGUCGCGGAAGAAUUAAAGGAUUUCAAACUUAAACCUAUGAAAUGCGAAUUGAAUUAUCUUAGUAAAUCUGAUGGGUCUGCUAUAUUAUCACAGGGAGAAACUGUAGUGCUUGUAAGUGUAAAUGGACCUUUAGAUAUAAAAACAACAAGUCAAUGUGUAGAAAAGGCCACUUUAGAUGUACUGUUUUCCUGUAAAGGUGGAAAACCAUCAGUUGGUGAUAGAUUUAAGGAGAAUGUGAUAAGACAGACAUGUGAAACAGCUAUAUUAGGCUGUUUGUAUCCAAGAACUGGAAUUACAGUGACAAUACAGGAAUUGGAGGAUUUUGGUGGGCUGCUGACAUGCGCUGUGAACUGCACUUGCCUGGCGCUCCUCAACGCUGGCGUCUCGAUGCGGCAUACGGUGGCGGCGGUCAGUUGCGCGGUGGACGCGCGAGGUGAUCUCGUGCUGGAGCCGACCCAGGAGCAAGUGGAGAACGCAGCUGCGGUUAUGUACUUUGUGUUUGAGAGCCGGCAGAGGGAUUUGGUUACGGGUUUCACAUCGGGUAACUUCAGUGAAGAUACGUAUGACGAAGCGAUGGCGCGCUGUCGUUCAGCCAGCGAUCUUGUCUUCAAGUUUUAUAGAGACAUAGUGGCAACAUACUGCGGUGUGAUUGGGUGAUAGGGUUGCCAGUGAAUUAUUAUAAAAUUUGAGUUGUUUGUGGAAUGUUGGACAAUAUCAUAUACUUAUAAUUAAUACAAAAUGGUUUUUUAUCUGUGAAUCAUAAUUUUUUUUUUUUUUAAAUACAGGGCUAUGAUUAAGUCUUACUUAAUUUAAUUUAGUUUGAUCACCGUGUUAAUAUAAUGCCUAUUUCUACGUAAGGUAAGCGUAAGCUUAUAAGUAUGACUAUAACAAAAGAAUAUAAUAAAAUACUAUUCAUUAUAGAAUGGUUGGCAACCCUAAAACAGUGAUGUUGUAUUGACUGAAGUUGAGUGAGAUUUCUUUGUUAGAGUUGGAUAAAUGUUACUGUGACAUAUUUCAAUAAAUAAUAGCUAUAUGUA